AUGGCUCACGCCUUGGUCACAACCUGCUCUCGGAACCUAUCGGUUAAACUAUCUAGCAAGAGGUGUCUGGGUCACUUCGAACAAGCACUCAAGCUCAGCAGUGUAUCUAAUUGUGUGCGACAGGAUCAACGCGUCAGGAGACAUGUUCAUCUUUCGCGUCCUCGCGGGACUGUUCCGCUGACCAUUCAACACGAGAGUCUCACACAAUGUCCACCAAAGGCAGUGACCAUAUGGUCAAGAGCCAAGUCCGACCUUCAAGCCCAAGAGUCAAUACCUUACCCCGAGCUUACGAUUGGUGUCCCAGCGGAAUCUCACCCUGGUGAGCGUCGCGUUGCCGUCGCACCUCAAAACGUCCCUCUGCUCUUGAAGAAAGGCUUUUCUCGCAUCCUUGUUGAGCGCGGCGCUGGCGCCGAGGCCCAAUAUCCAGAUGAACUCUACGAGCACAUGGGCGCCACUUUGGUGGAUCGCCAGACCGUCUGGUCCGAGAGCAAUAUUCUUCUCAAAGUUCGCUCGCCGAAUCUCGAAUUCGAAGUACCAGCUAUCCGCGAAGGCGCGGCCCUGAUCUCGUUCAUCCAACCGGCGCAGAACAAGAAAUUGGUCGACGCCCUCGCUUCUCGUCGUGUUACCACUUUCGCCAUGGACAUGAUACCUCGGAUUUCGCGCGCCCAGACAUUUGACGCGCUGAGCUCGAUGGCGAAUAUCGCUGGAUACAAAGCAGUCCUGGAAGCGGCCAACUCAUUCGGUCGGUUCUUGACGGGUCAAGUGACGGCGGCAGGCAAAAUACCUCCAGCCAAAGUUCUGGUCAUCGGAGCAGGCGUGGCAGGACUCAGCGCUAUCACCACGGCUCGACGUCUCGGUGCUAUUGUUCGCGGUUUCGACACCCGCUCCGCUGCUCGUGAGCAGGUCCAGUCACUAGGCGCGGAUUUCCUCGAAGUCACGGUUCAAGAAGACGGUGCAGCGGCAGGCGGGUACAGCAAGGAAAUGUCCAAGGAGUUCAUCGAGGCGGAGAUGAAGUUGUUUAUGGAUCAAUGCAUGGACGUCGACAUUGUGGUCACAACGGCGCAAAUCCCUGGCAAACCGUCACCGAAACUGAUCACCGAAAAGAUGGUCAGCGCCAUGAAACCUGGUUCCGUCAUCGUCGAUCUCGCUGCUGAGGGGGGCGGAAACUGCGAAGUCACUGUCCCGGGCAAACUUACCGUGCACAACCACGUUACCAUUCUUGGAUACACAGAUUUUCCAUCGCGCCUGCCCACGCAGUCGACCAGUCUUUACUCGAACAACAUCACAAAGUUCCUCUUGUCGCUGGCGCCCAAAGAGAACGCAUUCGGUAUCGACAUGGACGACGAGGUCACGAGAGGCGCUAUCGUCACGCAUAAGGGCCAAGUCAUUCCGCCCGCGCCACGACCUGCUCCACCUCCAACGCCGACGCAGCAGCUUCCGCUCGAAGACCACGCAAAACCCGUGCAAAUGACGCCCUGGCAGAAACAGACUAGAGAGGUGGCGACGGUUACGGGAGCCAUGGGCGCGGCAUUGGCGCUGGGCAAGCUCACCAGCCCGCUGUUCAUGGGCAAUAUGUUCACUGCCGGGCUUGCCGGGUUGAUUGGCUACCGAUCCGUUUGGGGCGUCAUCCCGGCGCUGCAUUCACCUUUGAUGAGCGUUACGAACGCCAUCUCCGGCAUCGUCGGUGUUGGCGGCUUCUUCAUCAUGGGAGGCGGUUACCUGCCUGAAACCGUGCCUCAGGUGCUUGGUGCGCUGUCCGUGUUGUUGGCCUUUGUCAAUGUCUCAGGUGGCUUUGUCAUCACAAAACGUAUGCUCGACAUGUUCAAACGGCCGACCGACCCGCCCGAGUAUCCCUGGCUGUAUGCCGUUCCUGGUGUGCUUUUUGGUGGUGGGCUUAUUGCUGCGGCCAGUACGGGUAUGGCUGGGUUGGUCCAGGCGGGCUAUCUAGUAAGUAGCCUGCUUUGUAUCGGUUCACUCUCCGGCCUUGCAUCGCAGGCCACUGCCCGCACAGGGAAUCUUAUGGGCAUCCUAGGUGUCAUGUCGGGUAUCCUGACGUCUCUUGCCGCGGUGGGCUUUUCGCCGGAAGUGCUCGCGCAGUUUGGAGGAAUUGCCGCGAUCGGUGGUCUUGUUGGCGCCCUGAUAGGCAGACGCAUCACACCAACAGAACUCCCACAGACUGUCGCGGCUCUGCACUCGGUCGUCGGUCUAGCAGCUGUGCUUACCAGUAUUGGCAGCGUUAUGGCACAUGUCUCGGACAUCAAUACGCUGCAUAUGGUCACAGCUUAUUUGGGUGUUCUUAUUGGUGGCAUCACAUUCACCGGAUCGAUCGUCGCAUUUAUGAAGCUUGCGGGCAGAAUGUCCUCGCGUCCAACAGUCCUGCCAGGACGCCAUUUGAUCAAUAGUUCCCUGCUCGCUGCUAAUGCCGGGACCAUGGGCGCGUUUGUGACCAUGGCGCCUGGUGCGCCUGUCGUUGCUGCUGCGUGCUUGACGGCAAACACAGCGCUCAGUUUCGUCCAGGGGUACACGACGACCGCUGCGAUUGGUGGUGCCGAUAUGCCCGUGGUGAUUACCGUGCUGAAUGCAUAUUCGGGUUUCGCCCUCGUCGCGGAGGGUCUGAUGCUUGAUAACUCGCUAUUAGUGACUGUGGGAUCGUUGAUCGGCGUCAGCGGUUCGAUUUUGUCGUACAUCAUGUGCGUCGCGAUGAAUCGAUCCUUAACGAAUGUGCUUUUCGGCGGUAUCGCGCCCAUCGCACAAAACACCGGUCAGGAGGUUAAAGGUCAAAUUGUCAAAACGAGCGUGGAAGAAACGGUUGAGGCGCUUGCUGGCGCUGAGAGUGUUAUAAUUGUCGUCGGAUACGGUAUGGCCGUAGCCAAAGCUCAAUACGCCAUUGCCGAAAUCACGGCGCUUUUGCGGAGUAAAGGCGUCAACGUGCGGUUUGCGAUUCAUCCGGUCGCAGGACGCAUGCCGGGUCAGUGUAACGUGUUGCUGGCUGAGGCAUCGGUGCCGUACGACAUUGUGCUCGAGAUGGACGAGAUCAAUGACGAUUUCCCCGAGACAGACCUCACGCUGGUGAUUGGCGCGAAUGAUACGGUCAAUCCGAUUGCUUUGGAGCCAGGGAGUCCGAUCGCUGGUAUGCCUGUGCUUCAUGCUUGGAAGAGUAAAGGUGUUGUUGUUAUGAAGAGGGGGAUGAGUAGCGGUUAUGCUGAUGUUCCGAAUCCGAUGUUUUAUAUGCCUGGGACGAGGAUGUUGUUUGGAGAUGCGAAGUCGACUUGCGAUGCGCUUAAGGCGGCGUUGGAGACGAGGUAUAAAGCGCAAUUUCAUGUGUGA